GCACGCUGCAGCAAGUGCCGCAGUUACUGACCCACAUCCGUGGUCAGGAAGUUGACAGAUAUUUUUGUCUUAAUUUUUCAGAAAAAAUUUGUUUGAUUUGGGUAACGCGUGUUAUUAAUCCUGAUUUGGAAUUAUUUGUACUUGUCAUUCACGUGUUUAAAUAAGCUAUUAGAAUAAUGAUAAUAUUAACUAUUGUGAAUUAUAUAUUUUAGUCGCUAAGUAGAAGUAAUAUUUACAUAGGUAACUAACAUGCAUGUGGUACCUCUAAAAUCAAAUAUUUUAAAUAUAUUACGAAAUUGCACCAACUAUUUCUAUGGUUUUUUAAGUUAAAUCUGAAAAAUAACAAUGGGCAUAUAUACUCUCAUGUUUCAUGACCAUUCGAAAAUGUUACUAAUUAGUUGCAAAAUUGGAGCCACACGCCCAGUACCUCAUGAGGUAUUCAACGUAUAGCCACGGAUUCCACUCUAGUUACACUCCACAUGCACAAAUCCCAAGCAGCCGGGAGCACAUAACGGAAGAUGCCAUCAGAAAUGUGGAGUAACAAACAAUUAGCACCUGCGAUGUCGACGAAAUGAAAGUGCUGUUCUGCCCGUUUAGAUCGCUGGUAUAUAGAUCACUUCUAGUAGCACCUUCUGCCCGGAAUCUGGGUCAUGAAAAAACGAAAUCACGAACUUGCCCAAACGGAGUCGAAUAAAACCAAUGGUCAGUCCAGUGCUCCGUUGUAUUCGAAAAUUUCUCGCGACUCGGUGCGGUGGUGUUAUUUUCGAGCUCCGGCGGAUAUGAGGACAGUAUAGCCCCCAAGGAUACAUAGUGAUAGUGCACAGAAAUAAUUAUACUUAUAAAGUGUACCGAGGUGAAACGAUAUAUAGAUAAAAGUUCACACGAUGCGGUUAGAAGGCGCCAACUGGGCGCUGGUGGUGUGUCUCAGUCUAAUCCUUGGAUACGGAAAGGUCCAAGCCUACUCUCAGGUUUUGGUCAGCGGCACUGGUGCAGCAAACGAUCAGGGACCACGUAUUUUUAAAGCUCUUAAUACGGAUUUGAUAUUUCCGAGGACCUUCAACUCCAGUGACAAUGUGGUAUCCACCACUGGAGCUCCAGCGAUUACAUCCACAACCACUACAACUCCAUCACUCAUUCCCUACAACCAUCAACCCGAGGGGACUACGAGCUCUCCGGUAUUCGUUACCCCCUUAGUUGCCACGGAUGCUGAGAAAGUCGGUGAUCCUGCCCCUUAUCCUGAACCUGCUCCUGUAUCCGAGGAGCAACCAGAGCCAGUCAUAGAAGGAGCCUCCACAGGACGUGCCGUUGACUACAAGACCGCGUAUCCCUUUGGCCAACUGAUUACACCUUUGCUGCGGAGCGGCAAGCCACAGCAGUAUAACUCCCGACCCUCGAAAACACGUAUUUAUCCGCAAGGUAUACCAUCCUACUACUCUUCAUCGUCACGAAAUCCAUACCGCUAUCAAACUUCAAGGCCCAGCUAUAAGAAAGGAUUCAGGGACCGUUUUGCUCCUGGCGAGGGGACCGCCGCAGGCUUGUUUAAGGGUCACAACCAUGAUCACAGCCACGACCACAGUCACGACCAUAGUCACGAUCAUAGUCACGAUCAUUCCCAUGGACAAGAUGGCAAGGUGGCCGCCGGCUCCAAUUCGGUUAACUCCUAUGUUGCACCAGGCGAUACGUACUCCUUUCCACCGUUGAACACAAAAUAUCCAUCACCGUCACAGGAUCCCAAGGCUGCACUGCCCUCGGAUACCGUGACAAGUUACUUGCCACCCGCAUCUGGGGGACUGAGCAAUGCUGGAUAUUCAUAUCCGGGGCCAUCCUUUAGUGGUUACAAGUAUCCCGGUCCAGUUCCCAAUAGCAAUGCCGACAAGGACACGGCGGCCAGUAUGGCGAGUGCUUCUCCACCGGCUGAUGAUGACCCCGGUAAUGAUGAUACAAUCGGAACACUGCCCGCUAGUGCCCAGGACAAUCUUCCUUCCAAGGAUCAGGAUGGCAUGGGUGCAGGCGGUGCUGCUCCUGCAGAUGCCAUGGAUAUGGGAUCUCCAGCUGAUGGUGGAGAUAGCGGUGGGGGUGGCGGUGGAGAUGGGGACACAGGCGGUCUGCCAUCGUUGCACAAUGAUGGUUCAGGUCCCGACGACGAUCACAAAUACGAUCCCCAUAUGGAGUACGCCACACCACCGCCCGGUUGGCUAGAAUCUCACCCAGAAUCUGCGGCUCCCAAGCCGGAUGAUCACGAUCACGACCAUGCCCCUGAUCAUGAUCACGUGCACGAUCACCACCACGAUCACUAUCCGACUCACUUUGACUACCAGCCCUCGUACCCAGAUGAUUCCUAUCCGGAUGUUAUUUACGAUGAUCAUCCGCACCACCACCACCAUGUCCACCACCCACCGCCUCCUCCUCCUCCUCCACCGCCACCACCACCACCGCCACCACCACCGCCGACGGAACCACCACCACCUCCUCCACCGCCACCAGAGCCACGUGUGAAGAAGUACAGCUACUUCUACAUUGGCCGGAAGCUCUGGUACAUCCCGCUUUACUUCACCGUGUGGUUCAGUUUCUACAUCCUGUGGCUGAUCAUCAAGUCCAUCGGUCGCCACAAGGUGAACCUGCCCAAUCACUACGUUUCGCGGCGCAGUGCUCCUGAUCCAUUCACGGAGCAGGGACGGGACGAAUAUAUCAACGAGAUGACUGUUAAGGUGCUGGAACACAUAGAUAGCUUUAAGCAGAAAUACUUGAACUGAUAAGGACGCUACUAAUUACGUAAUGGCUAUUAAAAACUUAAUUAACGAC